UAUAACUUACAUUACGUUGUUUAAUUACAUCUAAAAUAAUUACAGAAUGGGACCCGUUUGUAAAGAAUAUAUGGAUGUGUGUUGCAAGGAACCGACAGAAAAUACUAUUAAGCCAGUCCCCAUGGAAAGGAAGGGAUGUGGGCAACGUCACCCUAAUGGCGUUGGAUUUAGAAUAACAGGACACACCAGCAGUGAGGCAGAAUUUGGAGAAUUUCCUUGGAUGGUAGCACUGUUGAAACUAAAUACUCUUGAAGAUGGCAUAGAUCUGUUGGUCUACCAAUGUGGAGGAGCACUUAUCCAUGAAAAAGUAGUUUUAACAGCAGCUCACUGCAUCCCCAAGAAAGGUGACGACAGUAACAUAAUGGCUAGAGCAGGGGAAUGGGACACUCAAAGAGUAAAAGAAAUUUUUCCUUAUCAGGACAGGAUGGUUGUUCAAACUAUGAUUCAUCCUGAAUUUAACGGUGGAAAUUUAUGGAACGACUUUGCUUUGUUAGUUGUUGAUAAGCCGUUUGAAUUUAGUCCAAAUGUAGACACAGUUUGUUUGCCUCCGCCAGGAAUUGUGGCACUCAGCAAAGAGUGCUAUGCAAGUGGAUGGGGAAAAGAUCAAUAUGGUCAAAAAGGACAAUAUCAAGUUAUUCUCAAGAAAAUUGAUCUGCCAAUGGUACCUAAUGAUCAAUGUACCACUCUCCUCCGCAAAACAAGGCUAGGUCAAUACUUCAGAUUGCAUAAAAGCUUCGUUUGUGCAGGAGGAAUACUUGGAAAAGAUACUUGUAAGGGAGAUGGGGGAAGUCCUCUAGUUUGCCCAGUUGAAGGCAAGCCAGGAACAUAUCAAGCAAUUGGUUUAGUUGCUUGGGGAAUCGGUUGUGGAGAUCUAACUCCAGGAGUAUAUGCUGGCGUAGCAUAUGCUCGCCCUUGGAUAGACAAGACAAUGACAGAACUUGGAUUUUCCAUAUAAAGAAAUGAUAAAGUGAAAGGUAUAUUAUUAAUGAUAUUAAAUAUGUAUACAUAAUUGAGCAUUGUCAUAAAUCAAGGAAUGGAAAUAUGAUAAGUGAGCAAGGAGAGUCGAAAUGAAACACAGUAGCUAUGAAUUACAAUUUAUUAAUAAUUGAAGUACAUAAAUUAUUUUUAAAUGUCAAAUAGGUCAGUGCUGGCCUUAGAGCUGGGCAACCCGGGCUAUUGCCGUCCAGGAGGGUGGCUCCCACCACUUGUUAGGAGUAAAAAAAAAAUCACAAAGCAUAUUAAAUAACCAAUUUUAGCCUUUAAUAAGGCAAUUGAAAUAAUGACUUAUUAAAUCAAAUAAAAUUCCAAUAUUACUUUAUAUAAGAAAGCUUUUUUUGGAGGGAGAGGGAAAGAUGACUUUGUUGCCCAGGGGCGCCAAAUGUCUAAGGCUGGAACUGACAGGAGCAGAUUAUUGCAUUUUUCCUUAUUCCAUUUCAGUUCUUAUUUUACAUAUAAAAGGGAAUGUGGAUAGAGCUGAACUCCAAUAAAAAUGUAUUCAUUCACAAAUUUUUUUUUUUUUUGGUUCCUCCCCUUCCUCGCUUUAAGGCUAUACAGGGUUUUCCCAGUCCAGAGGGUGUGAGGGGUGAUUUAAAAGACUCCCCCAGCUACGGGAUGCAAAUUCGUGACUAUUUUAAAUCCAUUGUCUCAUAUAUCAGGUUGCCCGUUCAGCCACCCCGCACACAUAUUAAUUCACAACUAUUGAAUGUUUCUUUUGAGAUAGUGAGAGACUAGCUGUAGGCAGUAGCAAAUCCAUGAUAGGAUAAAAAGGGAAAGUUAUCCCUCCCCCCCCAGGGUAACCAUUAUGAAAAAAAUAAUUAGGCUGUUUAAAACAUAGCUAUUAGUAUCAAUACUCAUAAAUAAUUUUAAUUAAUCAAAUAAUUAGUUGAACGAUAAGAAAUAAGUUAUCAUUCAUUCAGUAGAGGAAAAUAAAAUACUGACUAAUCUUGUUAGAAAUUUAUAGAUUAAUCAUUGAAAAUAAUUAAUUAUUUUGACUAAGCCUAGGACAGCCAAUUUAAAUAGUUUGAGAUAUGAAAUAGUCGGAUAAUCAUUUUAUUAUAUCUCCUAUUAUCUUUAUUAUUUUUAUAUCUCCCAAACAUAAACAUGCAUAAAUACACAUUCAUUGCAACAACCCACUAUCCAGCAGCCUGUGGAAGUCCAAUUUCUGAUGUUCAGCAAAUCCCUCAUAUCGGCCUCCACACUGUUUAGCCCUCUUGUUCUGGACCACACAACUGUCCUUGCUCAGUGCACCUCUUCCUUCAUUACCUUCUUUGGGUUCUCGGAGUCACCCAUUCAAGUAACGUGACUGGCCCAACAGAAUUGUCCCAGCUUUAUAAGUCUGACAAUAUUGUCAUCUCUAAAGACAUCAAAGAGCUCCCUAUUCUUUCUACUCUUCCAGACCUAUCCCCCUCUUACUACUCCAAAAAUUCUCCUCAUCACCUGUCUCUCAAAAAUCAGUAAUCUGUUCUCGUCCUCAUUUGAAGUUUCCCAUGCCUCUGAUCCAUAUGUGAGCACCAAAUGUACCAAGGUCUUGUAAAGGUUGACUUUUGUACUGGAGGACAAGUUUUUAAGAGUUAAAGGAAAAGUUAAAAGUAUUCAUCCGCCUGCUGAUAUCUUGAGAUGUAUCGUUCCUGGAGUUCAUCUCAGAUCCUAGGUAAACAAAAUUCUUAACUCUAUUUAUAGGGGCCAAUGUUCACAAAAGCAAUAUGGUCUCCACCAACACCAGCUUGCAUAUAUUUAGUUUUUUUUCUCAUUGACUUGGAGAUCGAAUUUUCCGGCAGCUGUUUCAAAAGCAAUGAAUGUCUCUUUUGACCUAGCCACGAUGUCAAUGUCAUUGGAAUAUUCCAGUACAAUUCUACUAAAAAUGGUACCUGAUGUCUAAAUGUUUGAUUUUCGCCAACCCAUUUCUAAUGCCAGAUUGAAUAGGAGACAAGCAGAGGCAAUCAAACCCAAUGACGGAAAGAUUUGAUCCCACAGGGACUGCUCAUUUUGAUUUUUCCAUGAUUAUCGUUACAAGUCUUGAUAUUUGGAUUUUUCCAAAUCACUUUAUAAUCUCUUUAUGUCUCAUUUUUAGAUAUAUGCUUAUUUUAAUAAUGUUAAAUCUUUUUUUUUAGAUUAGUCUAAUAAAGGAGAACC